AUGGCUCGACGUUAUGAUUCGCGAACAACUAUCUUCUCACCUGAAGGCCGCCUGUACCAGGUGGAAUAUGCAAUGGAAGCAAUUGGCCAUGCAGGAUCCUGUUUGGGUAUCCUGGCCUCAGAUGGUGUUCUCUUAGCAGCUGAAAGAAGAAAUGUCAACAAACUGCUGGACGAGGUUUCAUACUCUGAGAAAAUUUAUAAUUUACAUGAUGAUAUGGCUUGCAGUGUCGCUGGGAUUACGUCUGAUGCUAAUGUCCUCACUAAUGAACUCAGACUUAUUGCACAGAGGUAUUUAUUGCAAUAUGGUGAACCAAUGCCCUGUGAGCAGCUUGUUAGUGCACUCUGUGACAUCAAACAAUCCUACACACAAUUUGGAGGUAAACGUCCUUUUGGUGUCUCAAUUUUGUACAUGGGUUGGGAUAAACAUUAUGGCUUCCAGCUUUACCAAAGUGAUCCAAGUGGUAACUAUGGUGGAUGGAAAGCAACUUGUAUUGGCAACAACAGUGCAAGUGCAGUGUCUAUGUUAAAACAAGAAUACAAAGAAGGGGAGACAAAUCUAGAAGAAGCCCUGCGACUAGCAAUUAAAGUUCUCAGCAAAACUUUAGAUAUGACCAAACUAACAUCAGAAAAAGUUGAAAUUGCCAAGCUGACACGAGAGGGUGGAAAGACCAAAAUUGAAAUCUUGUCGGCUGAUUAUGUGGAGAAAUUGAUAAAAAAACAUGAAGAGGAAGAAGAUAAAUCAGAAGCAGAGAAAAAGAAGGAGAAACCAACAACUUCAUAG